AAAAAAAAAAUCCCCAUUCCUCGCAGUCGCAGUAAAAGAGAACAUCAUUUCAGGGUCGUCUGGCAGUGUUGCGUUCGCUGUGUGUUGUAUCUGGACUCAUUUUCAAAUACUCCAUGAAUCAUCGCAGACCCACUUUUUUCGUUUCUUUUUUGUUACUGUUCUUAGUAUCUGGGUCCUAUGGCUCUCAAUCUGGGAAUCGUAAAACUGGCAAGUCUUCGGUUUUCUCUUUGUUUAACCUUAAACAGAGGAGUAGGUUCUGGAGCGAGGGUGUUUUACAUGGUGAUUUCGAUGAUUUGGAAUCUUCCACCCUUGGAAAAAUGGGCGCUCUUAAUUUCAGCAGGGCAGGUAAUAUUGCAACUUACCUAAAACUUAUGGAAGUAGAUUCUAUGUACCAUCCUGUACCCGUGAAUUUCAUUUUCGUAGGAUUUGAAGGAAAAGGGAACCAAGAUUUUAAUCUUCACCCUGAUGAACUUGAACGCUGGUUCAUGAAUAUUGAUCACAUCUUCGAACAUACACGAGUUCCACAAAUUGGAGAAGCUCUCAGCCCAUUUUACAAAAUUAGUGUAGAUAAAGUGCAGCACCCUCACCUUCCCAUAAUUAGUCACAUAAAUUACAAUUUUUCUGUACAUGCCAUUCAAAUGGGUGAAAAGGUUACUUCUAUCUUUGAGCAUGCCAUAAAAGUUUUAGCCCGCAAAGAUGAUGUGUCUUCUAACAGGGAUGAUGCAGAUGCUCUUUGGCAAGUAGACGUUGAUAUGAUGGAGGUUAUUUUUACCAGCCUUGUUGGAUAUCUUCAGCUUGAAAAUGCAUAUAACAUUUUUGUUUUGAAUCCCAAGCUUGAAGCAAAAAGAGCUAAAUAUGGAUAUCGGAGAGGUUUAUCCGAAUCAGAAAUCACUUUUUUGAAAGAGAGUAAAAGUUUGCAAACAAAAAUUCUCCAGUCAGGGGCCAUUCCGGAUAGUGUUCUAGCACUCGAUAAGAUUAAGAGACCAUUGUAUGCAAAGCAUCCAAUGACAAAGUUUGCCUGGACAAUAGCUGAUGAUACGGACACGGCUGAAUGGUACAACCUUUGUCUGGAUGCACUUAAUAAUGUUGAGAAGUUGUAUCAAGGAAAGGACACUGCUGAUAUUAUUCAGAGCAAAGUUUUACAGUUAUUGAAAGGGAAGAAUGAAGAUAUGAAAUUUCUUGAGAAAAAAUUGAAAUCUGGGGACUUUAGUGGUCUUCAUGCAGAAUGCCUCACAGAUACAUGGAUUGGAAAGGACAGGUGGGCAUUUAUUGAUUUAACUGCUGGCCCUUUCGCAUGGGGGCCUGCUGUUGGUGGAGAAGGUGUUCGUACUGAACUUAGUUUACCGAAUGUGGGAAAGACCAUUGGUGCGGUUGCAGAAAUUUCAGAAGAAGAAGCUGAAGAUCGCUUGCAAGAUGCUAUCCAGGAGAAAUUUGCAGUAUUUGGUGAUAAAGAUCAUCAGGCAAUUGAUAUUCUUCUGGCAGAAAUUGAUAUUUAUGAGCUUUUUGCUUUCAAACACUGCAAGGGAAGGAAAGUUAAACUUGCUCUUUGUGAAGAGCUUGAUGAGAGAAUGCAAGAUUUGAAGAAUGAGCUUCAGGCUUUCAAAGGUGAAAAUUAUGAUGAAAAUCAUAAGAGGAAGGCUAUAGAAGCCUUAAGUCGGAUGGAAAACUGGAAUCUGUUCAGUGAUACUUAUGAGGAUUCUCAAAACUACACUGUUGCACGGGAUACUUUUCUUGCACAUUUAGGUGCUACACUGUGGGGAACUAUGAGACACAUUAUAUCGCCAUCAAUUGCAGAUGGUGCAUUCCACUACUAUGAAAAGAUAUCUUUUCAGUUGUUUUUCGUCACUCAGGAGAAAGUUAGCAAUGUCAAGCAAUUGCCUGUGGAUCUGAAGGCUGUUAUGGAGGGGCUUUCUUCUUUGUUGUUACCUUCACAGAGACCAACAUUUAGUCCUCACAUGUUAACACUUUCUGAGGAUCCUGCUUUAGCAAUGGCCUUUUCAGUGGCACGAAGAGCAGCAGCUGUUCCUCUGUUGCUUGUUAAUGGAACAUAUAGGAAAACUGUUCGAUCCUAUCUUGAUUCUUCCAUCCUUCAAUAUCAAUUGCAAAGGCUAAAUGAGCAUGGCUCCCUGAAAGGGGCUCAUGCUCAUAGCAGGUCCACGCUGGAGGUUCCAAUAUUCUGGUUCAUUCAUGGGGAUCCAUUAUUAGUUGACAAACAUUAUCAGGCCAAGGCACUUUCUGACAUGGUUAUUGUUGUCCAGUCAGAGGCUGCAUCAUGGGAAAGCCAUCUCCAGUGUAAUGGGCGAUCACUUCUAUGGGAUCUAAGAAUGCCUGUAAAAGCUGCAUUGGCUGCUGUUUCUGAACAUAUGGCUGGUUUGCUUCCCCUUCAUCUAGUCUACAGUCAUGCCCAUGAAACUGCAAUUGAGGACUGGAUUUGGUCAGUUGGAUGCAACCCGUUUUCCAUUACUUCUCAAGGCUGGCACAUAUCCCAGUUUCAAUCCGAUACUAUUGCUCGGAGUUAUAUCAUCACAACACUUGAUGAAUCAAUACAAGUGGUGAAUUCAGCUAUUCAUCUACUACUCAUGGAACGUACAUCGGAAAAAACCUAUAAAAUGUUUCAGUCUCAGGAGCGUGAGCUAGUGAACAAGUAUAAUUAUGUGGUUAGCUUGUGGAGAAGAAUUUCAUCUGUUUCUGGAGAGUUGCGGUAUGCAGAUGCCUUGAGACUACUAUAUACCUUGGAAGACGCAUCAAAACAGUUUUUCAAUCAAGUUAAUGCAACUAUAGCCCUUUUUCACCCAAUUCACUGCACAAAAGAGAGGAAAGUACAUGUGGUGUUUGAUGCAACAACAAUUCCUGCUUUUGUAGUUGUUCUGGGUAUUCUCUUUAUUGUGUUAAAGCCGAGACGAUCAAAGCCUAAGAUUAAUUGAGGCUAAUUGAGAUGAUGUAUGCGAAGUGUAGCAGUUGGUCAGCACAUGGCAUUUUGGAGAUAUCUGAGGUGAAUGUCAUCACAUUUUUAUGCCCAAUAGUCAGUCAUAUAGGUUAUACUUGAAUUGACUUGUGUUGUGUCGAAGGCGACAAAGCUUUAUUCACAUGAUUGUCAAUGAGCAGAGAGUUAAUAGGAAUUAGAUUUCAGUCACGACAACCAGGAUGAGAAGCGUGUGAAAACUGAAUACUGAUUUCGGUUUUGUGAUCAAGGAGAGCAGAGAGAUAUUUUAUAAUCUUUUGAUUAUCUCAACUAAUCACACCCUUCAUAACGACCAUUUGAUGGUCCACUGUUGUUAUUUAAAGUUGAUUUUUAUGUGAUAAAAAAAUAUUCUAAUA